AUGCAUUCAAAUCACAAGCAGAUCCCACCGUUGAACCGUUGCAUCGCAAUUUCCGCCCAGGCAUUCCACUGCUCAAACAAGGCCCCUCACCCCCAGCCCUACUGCACCGAGCAUGCCGAUGAGUGUCGCGCACUCGAGAAGCGACUGACAGAGAUCACGAAGCAGACGUGGCGACGGAGAGAUGUUGUACGGGACCUCAUCGCGGAAGAAUGGGAGAGGGACGAGUUUGUCGACGAUCGCUAUGCUGGCGAUGAGCAAGACGUUCGGUCGUAUCUAGAGUCAAUCGACGACCAGAUUGGCGUUAUGGUAGCACUCAAGACGAGGUUCUUCUCGAGAAACGAAGGGACCGUGAGCAUGGACGUACUAAAGGAGUGGAAGUGGCGCGCCGUCGUUGUCUUGAGCGAUCUAGGGCGACCCAUGGCCGCGGAAGGAGAAUGGGACUAUCAUGACGACUAUCAUGAGUAUGUUCUCCCGCAUGACCCGGAAGAGCCCCCAGGGUACCUGACCCUCCACAGUUCGCGUGAUUUCGAUGCUUACACAAUGUAUACGAGCGACGAUAGCAGUGCUUCGUCUGAAGGUACCCAUCCGAUGGAGGAUCCUGCCACUGGCACGGUCGCACGUAAUGAGGGAUGGAUUGCGGGUAUAAUCCGUGCCGUGAUCAAGGCCUUGAUGUAGGCGAGCUCACGCACCGGUCGAAACCGGAUGAGUGACAGCGAAGCGGGGAUUCAGUGUAUGGCGAUAUUUCCUACAAUGCGACUCUCAUUAACGGCUUGCCAAAGUCGUGGCGAGGGCCACUCACAUAGGCUGACGAUGAUAGUCUUAAUCUGUGGUCUUGUCGGUGAAAUACAUGACAUCG